CUCAGGGGGGCCCUCUGAAUUUACACACUGAUCGCCUGAGUCCACUCCCUAACGCACGCACUGAGCAGAGUCAUCAUGUCUGGAGAUAGGUCCAAGUCCGCUUCUCAGACCGACGGCAAGGUCACCCAAGGAAAAAGAUCCGAGAUGGGCAUGAACGCCUACAAGAUGUGUGUCUUCGACCAGGAGAACUUCCAGGGUCGUUGCGUUGAGAUCACCAACGAGUGCAUGAACGUGUGUGACAUGGGCAUGGACCGGGUUCGCUCUCUGCGUGUUGACUGUGGCCCUUUCGUGGGAUACGAGCAGAUGAACUUCUGCGGUGAGAUGUUCAUCCUGGAGAAGGGAGAGUACCCCCGCUGGGACUCCUGGAGCAACUGUCAGAAGAACGACUACCUGCUGUCCUUCAGGCCCGUGCGCAUGGACCCCGAGAAGCACAAGAUCUGCCUGUACGAGGUCGGAGAGUUCAAGGGUCGCAAGAUGGAGAUUAUGGAUGACGACGUUCCUUCUCUGUUCUCCUACGGAUUUACCGAUAGGGUCGGCAGCAUCAUGGUCAGCUGUGGAACCUGGGUGGGCUACCAGUUCCCGGGGUACCGCGGCUCCCAGUAUCUGCUGGAGAAGGGCGACUACAGGCACUUCAACGAGUACGGCGCCCGCUGCCCCCAGUUCCAGUCCGUGAGGCGCAUCCGCGACAUGCAGUGGCACCAGCACGGCUGCUACACCAUCUCCAGCAAGUGAGGGUCCCAGAGGGCGAGAAAGAGAGGGAGCGAAGGGGGAGAGGCGGAGGAGGGGCACAGUAGAGGAGGAGCAGGAGGAGGGAAGGCUAAAAGGGAAAGGAAGCUCCCGAGAUAGGAGGAGGAAACGUUCCCUGUAUCUCUCCACCUGAAUCCUCAUCCCCUGACGAUCCUUUACGCGGUUAGAUUUUUAUUUUUAGAGCGAGGGAGAGAGAGACGGACAGAAGGAGGUAGUUGUUGUUUUUUUCUUCUCCUGAGAUGGCGCCCUCUAGUUUUUGACUUAUGCAAAAAGACCAGCCUUGUAAUGCCGCUCUGAUUGGACAGGCAGGCAAACACCUUGAAAUGACAAGACUACCCUGAGACUGUUGAUAUAAUUAGACAACCACCACAACUCACUUAUCAGAGAUGAGACUUGUCCAGUCGCUUGGUACACAGCUAGAUAUUCUCUCUCUUUUUUUUUUCUCUCUCUCUCCGUCUCUGUUAUUUUCCAGCCCCAUUCACCCUCCCUUAACCUCUCUCUCUCUCUUUUUCCCCCUCGCAUAAUUUUAUUUUUCAUCCCACCAUCUUGUUUUUCUUCAAACCUAAAUUCAGCCCGAAAUGCUACGGCUAGUGCCUGUCCUUUGACUCUGAUCAAUGGGAGUGAGGGGGCGGGGUCUGUUGUCAUGGGCCAGAGGAGGGGGUGGGAUCUAGGGAUCUAGGAUUCCAAGGAAUUGCUUUCACCUCUGUCACUGUGAACGCUUGUACUCCAGCCCCGUGCUGUCUUCAUUACAAACCCAAAUAAAGAGACUUCAAACCUGA